ACCUGAUGGCGUGCUCGGAGCGGCGUCCGUGUCAGAACGGAGCGACCUGUGUGAUGGAGGACAGCGGUGAAUACACGUGUUUAUGUCCUGACGGUUUCCACGGCAGACACUGUCAGCUGAAGGCGGGGCCGUGUCACCGGCGGAGGUCUCCCUGUAAAAAUGGCGGCCUGUGUGAGGACGCCGACGGCUUUGCGGCGGAGUUGGCGUGUCGCUGCCUGGCGGGCUUCACGGGGCUGCGCUGCGAGACCGAUGUAGACGACUGCUUGAUGAAGCCGUGCGCUAACGGCGCCACCUGCCUGGACGGCGUGAACCGCUUCUCGUGCGUCUGCCCCGCUGGCUUCACCGGCCGCUUCUGCACCGUCAACCUGGACGACUGCGCCAGCCGGCCCUGCCUCAACGCCGGCCGCUGCCUGGACCGCGCCGGAGGCUUCCUCUGCGUCUGCCGGCCCGGCUACACGGGCGCCACCUGUGAGACGGCGCUGAGGGGCAGCGAGCCUAGCUGGACCACAUUGGGGUGGGAGGGAGGAGGCGGGGCUAAGAACCAGAGGAGCACCGGCAGCUGGAACAGCAGUCGCCAUGGCGACAGGCUGUUAAAGGUGACGGUGAGCGAGCGCAGCGGCGGCGGGCUGUCCGAGGUCCAGCUCAUCGUCCUGCUGGUGCUGGCGGGCGUGACACUCGGCGUGGUGGCGCUGACCGCCGCCCUCGUGUUGCAGGGUCACUGCAGGGACUGUGGCCACGCCCCCUGCUGGACGUUCACAUCGUCACCGUCACAGCAGCCGGGACAGACGGGCGGGCGGCGAGCGCGGCGGGACGAGCCCGAGUGUCAGAUCAGCUUCCUAAACGCAGCAGAACCAGAGAAGAAGAAACUGAACACAGAGGUCGAUUAGACGGGGCGGGGCUUCUCCCAGAGUGCACUGCUGCUCACCUGUGACAUCAUCCACAUGUCACUGAACAAUCAGAGAGGCCUACAUUACCCACAGUACACCUCUGCUCACUCCUCUCUGACUCCACCCCUCCUGAUGCUGACUCAAGUGACAUCACUCGAGGACAUUUAUCAGACGUCACACAGGAGACGCUGAAGACUCUGUACGUCCCAAAUACCUGGAGACCCCAGAAGACUCCUGGAGACUCCUGGAGACUCCUGGAGAAACCUCAAGACUACUGGAAACUCCUGGAGACUUCUGAAGAGUCCUGGAGACUCCUGGAGAGUCCUUGACACAGACUGAUGUGUGUCGGUUGUUUUGGAUGAACUCAGAAUUAGG